AUGCAGCUAUUUAUUAUGUUGGCAUAUUUGUUCCAAGGAAUUAGAUAUUCAGAAGAACUCAUAAGAUGGAACACUAAACAUGGAGAAGAAAUGCUAAAGAAGAUCACGGUGGUUCCAGAAUGCUUUAUGAAUGUUACUGAAAUCAUCAGGUACCAUGGAUACCCCAGUGAGGAAUAUGAAGUUACAACAGAAGAUGGAUAUAUCCUUAGCGUUAACAGAAUUCCUGGUGGGAAGAACAGUGGGAACACAGGGCAAAAGCCAGUAGUGUUUUUGCAACAUCCAGUCCUAGGAGAUGCUACUCACUGGAUUUCAAACCUGGACAACAACAGCCUGGGCUUCAUGCUAGCAGAUGCAGGCUUUGAUGUUUGGUUGGGAAACAGCAGAGGGAACACUUGGUCUACAAAACACAAGACACUUAAACCUGACCAACAAAAGUUCUGGGAAUUCAGUUUUGAUGAGAUGGGUAAAUAUGACAUUCCAGCAGUUCUCUACUUUGCCAUGAAUAAAACGGAACAAAAGCAGCUGUACUAUGUUGCCCAUUCAGAGGGCACAACUUUAGGUUUCAUAGCAUUUUCCAUUAGGCCAGACUUGGCUCAAAGAAUAAAAAUGUUCUUUGCCUUGGGGCCGGUAGCCACAAUUACAUUUGCCAAAAGCCCUCUGGUAAAGUUUGUGAGUCUUCCUGAAACACUGCUCAAGACUGUAUUUGGAACUAAAGGAGUCUUUCAUCAGAGUGAACAUCUGCAAAAGCCUCUUACCCUAUUGUGUACCAAGCUGGAUAAGUUUUGUGCAUAUGUCCUCUCUUUUGUGGCUGGGCAUAAUGAGCAAAACUUAAAUAUGAGUCGGUUAGCCAUGUACAUCGGACAUUCACCUGCUGGAACAUCUGUACAAAAUGGCUUACAUUGGCGCCAGGUAUUGUAUUCAAAGCAAUUGCAAGCUUAUGACUAUGGCUCUAAGGAAAAGAACAUGGAAAAAUACAAUCAGACUACCCCUCCUAUAUACAAGCUAGAAGAACUGAAAAUGCCCAUUGCUAUUUGGAGUGGUGGACAUGACUUGUUUGCAGACCCAAAGGACGUGGCCGCAUUACUUGGUCGAAUUACUAAUCUCAUUUAUCACAAGCAUUUUCCUGAAUGGGAACAUCUAGAUUUCACCUGGGGUCUUGAUGCAGCUAAGCGCAUGUAUGUGAAAAUCAUUGAACUGAUGAGGAAGCAUCCCUGAAGCCACACAGUGGUUCCUGAGGUUGAAUGAUUUGAUCCUUCUAUUGUGCUCAGAAAUAAGGAUGGUUUUUUUUCCUUAAAGUGAUUAAUCAGGGGAUUAGUAAAGGGCUUUAUGGUGACUGACUUGUAUUUUACUACAUUUGUCACUCUACUGUAUUUUCCAACCUGGUGAAUUUCAAUAACUAGGGAACUACCUCAGGAAGCUGAGAUACAUUUCCAAGAGGAAAGGAGUACUUGUGGCACCU